AUGAACCACGGUGACACAGCGAGCAGGGGGGAGUACGAGGCCCUGGUGGAGGGGGCAGACCCGAUGCGUAGCAGAAGCAUAGGCGCAGACGAGUUAAGCAACAUGUACGCAAAUGACAUCACGUGUGGCAGCAUAAACAUUGGGGAGGACCCAACUCAGCAGGUACCACUGGGGACGCCCCUAACCUACAUCGUUGGAAAUGGAGGAGAUCACAUCGAAGCGAAUCACAUCGGAGGGAAUCACCUCGAAGGAAGUCACACAAAAUAUGACAGUGCUCAGGGAAGCAAAAGAACACACACAGAUUAUAAAUACGCGGCAUACUUUUUCGCCUACAUGUUAGUCAUCUCCAUUUGUAUGGUUUGUUACCUCUACCAUGGAAACUAUGCGCGGAUAUUAUAUGGGACAAAUUACAAUGGGAAAAUCUGUGGGAGGGAUAUGAAGAAUCAUUCGUAUUUGUACUUCCCCUUGUCGCCUAAACUCUCCAAAAUGGAAAUACUGAACAAAUAUGGGAAAUGUCUGGAGUCGUGUCCGACAUCAGAUGGGGCGAAUAAAAUGAAGAAGGAAAAAGAAGGCGAAAAGACAAACCACAGUAACAAUGUAGAGAUGAAAGAAAAGGCAACUUAUUUUGAUAACCCUCUGUUCUCCACCUCCUCCUCAUCGUACUCCUCCCUUUUUGUAAAAAAGAAGCCGAAACAAAUUAUGGACAAGAAGGGAAACAAAACAACCAACGUGGUAUACAGCGAUUACACAAAAAGUACAAACAACAAUCUGUACGUGGAAUAUUCUCUCAGUUCCCCAUACUAUGAUACGGUGAAUAUUAUGAACAUAUGCUAUCCAUUGGAUAAAGGGUUACGAGAGAAGGUUCUAAAUGUCAUCUUUACAGAUAGAUACAAUGUGUUUGUUAAUUUAUUUUCCUUCAACAAUUCCUUCGUCUACGUUUUUGUUUUUAUUGUUUUUUCUCUUUUUUUAUGUAUUAUCUACUUGUGUUGUAUGUACUACUUGUCUUCCCUGACUCUCCACUUAGCGUUGUUUCUUUUCAGCUUCUCCAUGUUGUUUUAUCCCGUGUACUUGAUCCACAAGCAUUUGUACCUCCUGUUUCAUCCCAUUAAGGGAGCCUUUUUUUCGUACCACUACUUAGUGUCAAUAUGUGUGUGCUUUGGUUUACUAGCUCAUGGAGUUAUCUUCCUCUUCGUUUUGUAUUUGUACAGAAAUACAUAUAAGUACACACACAGGUUAAUCACUGUCACUUUGGACUUCGUCAAUAGUAUGUCCAAUCUGCUUUACGCGCCUUGCAUCGUUUCGGCUGCUUCGCUCGCGUGGUUCUUUCUCUGGAUGUAUGGAUACAUUUACGUCAUGACUGCUGGGACGCUUCACGAGCAGAGGCUAAGCUUGGAACUGGACUCAAAUGGAAACAGCGAGAUUGUGUCCCUGCAGAAGGUCUUCCACUACUUCAGGAGCUCGUACAUAUUUUCCAUAUUCUGGAUAUACACCUACUUCUUUGUGUGUGAAAUCUUGCAGUCCCUAAACCAGUUCACUAUAAGUUAUUUAGGGGCCGUGUGGUACUUCUGCGACAAGAAUAGCGUCAACUACAAGCUCAGUGCCCAAGCCACCAUGAAGACAAUACUGAAUUACCAUUUGGGCAGUUUGAUCCUAUCGAGCUUUAUCAACCUAUGCACAAAGCACCUACGCGUGCUGUUCUUUUGGGCGAACAGCACUCUGUCCCUUCCCUUCUUCUAUAGCGAGUCGAUUUACAAGCUGAAGGAGCGAUUCGCCCUCUUCUUAAGACCCAUUUCGAAUUUAAUUGACACGCACACGAUGGCUGCAUACUGCGAGAUCUCCAUGACGUCGUACCCGUACCUACUUGCCUGUAGCACGUCGUCCAAAAAGUUAAUAAACUCGACUUCGCCAGCGGCAUCUUUGCAUGGGGUAGGGAGAACGGCGCGUGUUUCAUCACUGUUUGGAUUUCCACUCCUUUACUGGUCCCCUCUGCAGAUUUUCAACAAUUUUGAGCCAUACGGCAAUUUGUUCUCCCCCAGUUUUGUCCCCAACCCGUUUUUUGCGGCACUGACGAUCGGAGUGCUGUGCGGGAUGAUAACCUCCCACUUCAUCACCACCGUGUCGACCCUCACGGACACCAUCCUCUACUGCUUCAUAUGCGAGUGUUACCAGAAGCAAAUGAUCGAUGAAAAUCCAAUGAGGACAGUAUUCACUCCGCCCCUCUUAAAGGAGUUAAUUUUGGAGAUAUAUGAAGAGUAUACCGCUCGGCCGUGA